AUGGCCGCCAACUGUGCCACCACCCGUGUCUCAUGGCAGGAGAAACUCAAUGGUGGCCGCACGGCGUGGUCGAGCAGCGUGAGCAUCCAAGGGUCCAGCUUUUCUGCUCGCUAUUUCUAUGCCGGAGAAUUUAUCAACAACGCCAAAGAGGACGCAGCUGAGGUGGCCUUCACGCAACUGAACUCGCAGCCGCGGCUGUCUACCGUUCUCCCGGGACAACUCUAUGCGCAGCAAAAGUAG